CUUGCCCAACGGACAAGUGACGGAGCCGGAAUUAGAACCGAGGGACCCCGCUUUCCAGAGAGAAGGCUGUGGCGCACCUGCACAGAGGGGAGAAGCCGUGCAGCAGCGGACUUGUCCUGGCCACCGGCGGCGGGGGAAUGGCGGCGUACUGUGGCACCAUGAGCUCGGAGGGUCGCGGUCCUGAGCCCCCGCAGGAGGACGGCGACCCCGGCGACCCCGUGAGGCCUCGGCCGCGUGCGGGGCGGGGUCUCCGGCGAGCGCGUCGCGCGGGAGCGGGGACGUCCUGCCGGUGCGUGCGGUGCGGGAGGCGGUUCCCCGGGCGGGCGGCCCUGCGUGUCCACGCCCGGCGACGCCACGGGCGACGGCGCCCGGUCCUGGGCUGCCCCGAGUGCGGGCGGCGGUUCAGCCACGCGCCCUUCCUGGCCCUCCACCGGCGGGCGCACGUGGAGGGCGGCCAGCUCACCUGCCAACGGUGCGGGCGAGACUUCCCGCACUGGGCCGCCCUGGCGCUGCACGAGAGGAGCCACGCGGGGCCGCAGCUCUUCGCCUGCACCGACUGCGAGCGCUGCUUCGCCCACCGGCGCCAGCUCGUGGCCCACCAGCGGUGCCACCCGCCCACCCCGCGCCGCUUCAUCUGCGGCGGCUGCGGGCAGAGCUUCGCCUGGUGGGCCGAGCUGGUGGCCCACAAGAGGGUCCACGCGCCCGGGCCUCGCCCCCGGGGUCGCCCGGCCCUGGGCGCCGCCCCGGGCCCACCGGGGGCCGAGGACCGGCCCUUCCAGUGCGCCCGCUGCGAGAAGCGCUUCCGCCACAAGCCCAACCUCAUCGCCCACCAGCGGGUCCACACGGGCGAGCGGCCGCACCAGUGCCCCGACUGCGGGAAGCGCUUCGGCAACAAGCCCUACCUGACGUCCCACCGACGGAUCCACACGGGCGAGAAGCCCUACGCCUGCCCGGAGUGCCAGCGCCGGUUCCGCCACAAGCCCAACCUGCUGUCCCACCGGAAGAUCCACCAGCGGGACCGGCCCUUCCCCUGCCCGGCCUGCGGCAAGCGCUUCAGCCACCGGACCCACCUGCUGGCCCACCAGCGGGCCCACCCGGGCCCGGACGGGCCCUUCCCCGGCCCCCCGUGCCCCGAGAGCUUCGGCCGCCAGCGCUCCCCGCGCGCCCGCCAGAGGCCUCACGCCGCCCAGCAGGGCGCCCGGCGCUCGGCCCAGGACGCCGACGCGGCCGCCCGCCCGCGGGCCCGCCCGGCCGAGCGCCCCUUCCCCUGCCCCGACUGCGGCCGCCGCUUCGCCCAGAAGAGCCGCCUGGCCGCCCACCGGCAGGAACACACCGAGGAGCGCCCCUUCCAGUGCCCCGACUGCGGCAAGGCCUUCCGCCACAAGCCCUACCUGGUGGCCCACCGCCGCAUCCACACCGGCGAGCGCCCCUUCCGCUGCCCGGACUGCGGCAAGGGCUUCAGCCAGAAGUCCAACCUGGUGUCCCACCGCCGGGUCCACACCGGCGAGAAGCCCUACCCCUGCCCCGACUGCGGCCGCCGCUUCAGCCAGAAGUCCAAUCUCAUCACCCACCGCAAGAGCCACAGCGGCGAGCGGCCCUACUCCUGCGCCCACUGCGGCGAGCGCUUCGGCUACAAGCAGAAGUACCUGGCUCACCAGAAGAAGCACGCCCCCUGAAGAGGGGGGGGCGUCCGACCCCCGACGGCCCCGCCCCUCAUUCCCCCCCACUGCCCCGACCCCGAUUCCGCCCGUUCUCUUCUCUUCUCCCCUCCCGAGCGCUUCGUACAGUGCUCCGUGCGUAGCGAUGAUAAUUGUGGCGUUGGUUAAAGCCCUUACUGGGUGCCGGGCGCGGUGCUCCGCACGUAGUGAUGAUAAUUGCGGUAUCCCUUAAAGCCCUUACUGGGGGCCGGCCACCGGACGCCGCACGUAGUGAUAAUAGUCGGGGUAUCUGUUAAGCGCCCGUUAGGUGCCGGGCGCUGGACUCAUCACGUAGUGAUAAUAGUCGGGGUAUCUGUUAAGCGUUCACGACGUACCAGGCUCUGGACUAAGUGCGGGGUGGUUACAAGCAAAUCGGAUUGGACACGGUCCCCGUCCCCCGUGGGGCUGGCCGUCUUAAUCCCACCUUUUCCGGACGAGGGACCCGAGGCUCCGUGAGGUGACUCGUCCGAGGCCACGCGGCAGGCAAGCGGCGGAGCCGGGAUUAGAACCCGUGACCUUCCGACUCCCGGGCCCGGGCUUUAUCCGCUACGCCCUGCUGCUCCUCAGGCGCCCGAUGAAUACCAUCCAUUGGUUGAGCCCGGGCCCCUACACAGCGAGCUCGCCGUGGGCGGGGAUUGCCACUCUUUUUCGCUCUAUUAUACUCUCCCAAGCGCUCAGUACGGUGCUCUGCGCGCAGGAAGCGCUCAAUAAAUACGAUUGACCGAACGGAUGGGACGGGACUGUAGUACGCUCUUUUUCCGGUCCCCCGCACCUGGUCCUUCCCGCAGAUCCCGCAGCUACCCCCCACCCCCCCAAAAAAAAUCCACGCAGCGUCCUCGCCUCCGGGUCCGGUGGGUGUCUGAGGGGCUAGUUGGUCCCAGAGAAGCCCCCCCGGGGCUGGAGCCUCUUUCUGCCCGGAGCCCCCCGCCCUCCACCUCUCCAGCAGCAGACAGACCCCCCCGCCAACGACCCCCACGACCCCCUCACCAGGCCGCCAGCUACACCCGUGCCCCCCGAGGAUGAGGUGGGGAUGCGGGGGGUGAAAUGUUGGGGAGCGGGGGAAAUCUCUGUCAGGUCUGAGGCCUGCGGAAUAAAGCUUCGCUUUCAGA